AGUUCGUGAUCACGGCCACCAUGUGAUAACGAAUACAGGGUGUAUUUAUAGUGAGAUACAUUCAAUUGUUCCGUCUAAAUUAUAACACCAUGUUGAAGCUCGUAGGUGUCUGUCUCAUAGCGAGCCUUUGUUCCACAGGCGCAGAUGAUAAUAUGUUGGGCAAAGGCCUAUGGUCGCUGAUUGCCGUCGAAAACUGCCCCGAGGAGGAACUCCAGCAAGAGUGGAUGAGACUGGAAGUGAAUAAGCACAAAGUGAACCGCUCUCAUGACGGCCUCUCCGUACACAUCACGAUUAACAACGAAGUUAACGACCAAUACGGGACUUUUAUAGACAUAUGCAAGUAUGUGGACGGCGGAUGUAAGCAAUACCAAGUAGUAUCCGAUAAUUUGGCGAAAUUAUGCGACAAUUACGCAAAGGACAACGUAGUCAGGGCGUUACAAAUGGCUAAAUUUAACACGGACUAUUUUCCCCUCGAUGUGGGUGAAUAUGACCUCAAAGAUUUCAUGAUAGACUACUGCAGUUUCCCAUCGGACUGCCCGUUCGGUAGAUACGAAGCGAUGACCUUCCUAAUGUCUGGAGGUCAAAAGGUCGCCUGUCUCAAGGUCAUCGUGGAGUGCACCAAGUGCGAGGACGACGACGAAUGCUGCGACGAUGGUGACCAAUAACAGCUACCGAAUAGAUGUACACCAUCGGCUGAAUAUAUAGCUUUAUUACCAAUAA